AGGGAGCUGCACGCAGGGCUGAGCGGGCUCGCGGCGCCACUCGCGGCAGCGCGGCGCAGAGCAUGGCCACUGCGGUGGCGGUGGCGGUGGCUGCGGCCCGCGGGGCCGGAGCGAGGGCGGCGGCGGCCCUGCGGGGCAGCUGCUGGGCUGCGGCGCGGGGGCAGCUUCCCGCGGGAUCCGCGCGGCCCUUGUGCACAGCAGCCGGGACCGCCCCAGACAUGAAGCGCUACCUGUGGGACCGCUACCGGGAGGCGAAGAGGAGCACGGACGAAUUGGUCCCGUCCAUCAUGAGCAACUUGUUGAACCCAGAUGCCAUUUUCUCCAACAAUGAAAUGAGCCUGUCAGACAUUGAAAUCUACGGCUUUGAUUAUGAUUAUACCCUGGUGUUUUAUUCCAAGCAUCUCCACACGCUGAUAUUCAAUGCUGCUCGGGACCUUCUCAUCAAUGAACACAGGUACCCGGCAGAGAUCAGGAAGUAUGAGUACGACCCAAAUUUCGCCAUCCGUGGACUCCAUUAUGACGUGCAGCGGGCAGUGCUGAUGAAGAUUGAUGCCUUUCAUUACAUCCAGCUGGGCACUGUCUACAGAGGCCUCGGCGUUGUCCCGGAUGAAGAGGUCAUUGAGAUGUACGAGGGAUCCCAUGUGCCAUUGGAGCAGAUGAGCGACUUCUAUGGAAAGAGCUCUCAUGGCAACACCAUGAAGCAGUUCAUGGACAUCUUCUCCCUGCCCGAGAUGACCCUGCUGUCAUGCGUGAACGAGUACUUCCUCAAGAACAACAUCGACUACGAGCCCGUCCACCUGUACAAGGACGUCAAGGAUGCCAUUCGGGACGUCCACAUCAAGGGCAUCAUGUACCGGGCAAUCGAGGCAGAUAUCGAAAAGUACAUCUGCUACGCCGAGCAGACCCGUGCAGUGUUGGCCAAGCUGGCUGAUCAUGGCAAGAAGAUGUUUCUCAUCACCAACAGUCCCAGCAGCUUUGUGGACAAAGGCAUGAGGUAUAUUGUGGGAAAGGACUGGCGGGACCUGUUUGAUGUGGUCAUCGUUCAGGCUGAGAAGCCCAGCUUCUUCAACGACAAGCGGAGACCUUUCCGAAAGGUGAAUGAGAAAGGUGUCUUACUCUGGGAUAAAAUCCACAAGUUGCAGAAGGGCCAGAUUUACAAGCAGGGCAAUCUCUAUGAGUUUUUGAAGCUGACUGGCUGGAGAGGAUCUAAGGUGCUGUACUUUGGUGAUCACAUAUACAGCGACCUGGCGGAUUUGACCCUGAAGCAUGGCUGGCGGACUGGUGCCAUCAUCCCGGAGUUAAGAUCGGAGCUCAAGAUCAUGAACACGGAGCAGUACAUUCAAACCAUGACCUGGCUGCAGACCUUGACCGGGCUCUUAGAGCAGAUGCAGGUUCACAGAGACACGGAGUCUCAGCUGGUUUUGCAGGAGUGGAAAAAGGAGCGGAAGGAGAUGAGGGAAAUGACCAAAGGCUUCUUCAACACCCAGUUUGGAAGCCUGUUCCGCACAGACCAGAAUCCGACCUACUUCCUGAGACGCCUGUCACGCUUUGCUGACAUCUACAUGGCCUCGCUGAGCUGCCUCUUGAACUACGAUGUCAGCCAUACCUUCUACCCCCGGAGAACUCCGCUGCAGCACGAGCUGCCCGCUUGGUCGGAUGGCCCCCCCACUUUCAGGCUCCCCAUCUUGCAGGAGGCCCGGGCCAAGUAGCCAGGUGUCUGUCUGCGGUGAGAGGCAGAGACUGAUGGGACGGGGCCAACCUGGUGUGGACCUAAGUGUUGCUUUUGGAAAAGACGCAAGUGUACCUUCUGAUGUAAUUUUGAACUUUCUGAGGACAGUGUCCCAGGUCCUGGGGACAGAAGCCAGCAGCCCACCAGGUCCCCAUCUUGUCCACAGAGGGCGGAAGGACUGUCUUAGGGUGGAACCUGAUUGGCCCUGUCAUCAACCAAUGGACAGAAGCUGGUGUCAGCAUUUCGGGGACAGGUGAGCUCCUGAUGGCACCUGUGCUUUCCAGCAGGUGACGUGUUCUCAACCUUUCUUGACUGUCCCAUGAGGAAACAGUGACAUGCACUAGGAGAUGUUCUUGGAGAGAACAUCUACUACUAGCACUGCUCAGCACCUGCCUCCCACCUCCUUUGUGUCCGGGAUCCUGGCUGGCGUUCAAGUGCAUCUGUCACUUGAAGAAGGCCCAGCCUCCCACCUGCAAAGUCAUAUGAGCAAGCACAAAGCAGGUGGCCUCCCUUGACCCUUGGGGGUCCUCCAUACCUGCUCCCCUGCCCUCUGUCCCAUAUGAGAGGAGGACAAGCAGUGCCAUGAGACAUGGGCUGAUUCACUUGUGUCCCCAGGAAGGGGAACUCUGGUUGAAGUCACUAGUGGAGCAGGCCAUGCAGAGCCAGACUGCAGGACAUAGGCCAGAAGAACCAGAGUCUAGUGCACCUGCAAACACCCCCAGAGAUGGGUUACUGUCCAGUGAGCACUGGAGGAGAGAAAAAAGAGGAGACAGAACAAAUCCUCUCAACCAAACACCACACCAAGACCCCACUGGGCCGUGUUGGGAUCUUGCCAAAACACAUGCAUUGACAGAAACUAUCUUUGUCUAGAUAGCAACCGGCAGGGGUUGCUUUUCUUGUGAAUUAUCAGCCAAGGAGAGAUGCUUAGAUUUGGCUAGAGGAGGGAGUUUGGGAGGGUGGCCCUCACCACCUAGCCAACUCUCUCCUCCCUUUGGAGUUCUUUCCUGCAGUGUCUGCGUGGUUGUUCUAGGGUGGAGGGGGAGGGGGUUCGUUAAACUUCUUUAAGGCAGGAGAACACAGGCUGCAUUGCAGCUAAGAGAGAACAGGUCGGCACUGACCUAGCUGUUUCUCAUUUCCUUGGAUAAUGCACCCUAUAUCCUUAAACCUAGAGGACCGAGCUAGGGCAUGUGGCGAGUGUCUGCUUGUUCGCCACUUUUUGUGCCAGGUACAUGAGAACCUAACAACCAGCUAAGAGUGAAAUGCCAACUUGGUCACCUACCAGGAUACAGAAAUUCAUUCUCUGUACUGCUGCUUGGUGGAGUGGGGUUUUGCUUGUGCUGUUUUGAUAUAUUUAAUGGUAACGGUGAAGCGGGGGGCAGAUAGCAUAAUGGUUAUGCAGACUCAUGGUCUGAGACUCCAAAGUCCCAGAUGUAAUCUCCUGCAGCACCGGAAGCCAGAACUGAGCAGUGCUCUGCUUAGAAAAAGAAAGAAAUGUAAUGGUGAAAAUGCCCUUUUAGUCCCUAAAAGCCCAGUCUUGCCUCCUAAAUCAUGUUACUAACACAGUGCCUGCUCCUUUUCUGGAGCAGGUCGGGCACUCUAUUUGCUGUUUGACCGCUCCUAGGAGGCAUUAAACAGGUGUGGAGGGGGGUGUGUGCCUGGAACUGCUGUGUGCUGGGGUCUUUGGGGGACCGCCCCCUUGUUUCUGAGCUUAGCUCUGGAGUUGCUGGGUGGAGGCAGGAGGUGUUGGAAGGGAGUCCUCAGCUGUUAGCUCUCAGCCAUGGGCUUCGGCCUCUGUUUACUCAAGAGAGAACCAGAGCAGGUUUUAAUGCUACCAGCUUUCACAGAUGUCAGGGUGGGGUGACACAAGCCGGAGAGAAGAAGCUUCCUCUUCUGGGCAUGAAUAAGGCAUCUCACAAGUGACGCCUGCGAGGCUCAGGUCCCUGGGCCAUUGUGGGGGACAGCUCAAUGGACUAUGGGUCACACUGGGCUGGCAGCCUGGGUCAGGACAGCCCUUGCACAGAGUCACAGAGGUGGGCUCCUCGUUCUUGCUCGAACAGGCUCCAAGGUGGUGUACAGGCCGGGAGCCAGCACAGCAUGUUGGCAUCCUCUUCCCCCUGGCCCGCUUUGCUUUGUCUUUGCAGACGACACGCCAGCACAGGGCAGUGACCUGUUUGUUACCAUUUUUAAAGGCUUGGAAAGUAUGCACGCUUAAAGCCUGCACAAGCCAGGCUGUUUUUCUAGGAAGCGCACAAAUAAAACGCCUAGCCCAGGGUAGUCUGUGCCAGUUGGAUGCAAGGCUCUGCUCUCCGUCAAUGUGGAGGACCCUGCACAACUCACUUUUUCCCCCAGGUUGCUUUUACAGACAAGAUCUGGCUUUAAAGUUUCUGGGGUGGAGGGUAGAUAGCAUAAUGGUUAUGCAAACAGACUCAUGCCUGAGGCUCCAAAGUCCCAGGUUCAAUCCCCCACACCACCAUAAGCCAGAGCUGAACAGUGCUCUGGUAAAGAAGAAGGAGAAGGAGAAGGAGAAGGAGAAGGAGAAGGAGAAGGAGAAGAAGAAGAAGAAGAAAAGUUGUUUCUGAUGUUGGCUUCAUGCUCCUACUUGCCUCCUAACAUUGACAACCCCCCACCCUGUUUUUUGUUUGUUUUGCCUUUGGAGUUAUCACUGGGGCUCGGUACCUGCACUAUGAAUCCACUGCUCCUGGAGGCCAUUUUUUCCCAUUUUGUUGCCCUUGUUGUCGUUAUUGUUAUUGUUGCCAUUGCUGUUGUUGUUGGAUAGGACAGAGAAAUGGAGAAAGGAGAGGAAGACGGGGAGAGAAAGACAGACACCUUCAGGUCUGCUUUACCGUUUGUGAAGCGACCCCCCCCCCCCACCGCGGGUGGGGUCAGGGGCUGGGACUGGGAUUCUUACGCCGUUGCUUGUGCACUUAACCCGCUGCGCUACUGCCUGUCCCCCCAGCCUCCCUUUUUGAGAAGUUCCCCUCCGCUCUUGUUUUGCUGUUGCUGCUGCAUUCUUGUCUGGAACCACCUGUUACUAACUGAUUUAAAUAGUCUCGGGCCUUAAAUGACUAGUUGCUUUGACUGCAACAGCCCUCUUCAUCAAAAGGGAUCUCCCCUCCCAGCUAAUUUAGCUUUGUGUGAGCCAAAAAGCUUUUCCUCCCAAAAGGCCUUCCAAGCAGUCGGGUGUGUGCUAAAUAUAGGACUCAUUCCCGCUGUGAACACUCCCUUGCUGCCAAAGACCCCCUUGGGGGGGGGCCCUUUUCAAGAAUGUUCUUGAGAAUUUGGCAAGAGACACAGCUACACAGCUCUGUACAACUCGUGGAGAACCUGUGCUUCCCCCUGCUGUCUUCAUUCUGAUUCCUACUCCCCACCCCUUUUAUUGCCUCUAGGGUUAUCGCUGAGGCUCUGUGCCAGCACUACGAAUUCACUGCUCCCGGCAGUCAUUUUUACCACUUAUUGGGUAGGACAGAGAGAAGUUGAGAGAGGAGGGAGAGAGCGGGAGAGAGAGAGACCUGCAGACCUGCUUCACCACUUGUGAAGCAGCUACCCUGCAGGUAGGGAGCUGGGGCUCAAACCGGGAUCCUUGUGUUUUGUACUAUGUAUAUUUAACCUGGCGCACCAGCUCCUGCUCAUCUUUUGUACCAGUCCCCUCUCUCUGUAUUUCCCCUCCUGUAGCAUCUGAAAGCUCAGUUCUGGGUUCAACCAGCCUUGACCAUCACUAGCAGGGGGGAGGAAAGGAAAGGGGGAGGGAAUGACAUUUCUCUAGUGCUAGCGUUAGCAACUUGCUCUGUGAGAGGCCAGGUAGUAAGCAAACAUUUUCAGCUUGGUCAUUGCCAGUACUCCAGAGACAGGCCUGGCUACAUCCCCCACAUUGCUUCAUGAAAACAGGAGCAAUUGGACUUGGCCCCUAGGGUAGAAUUUUCAGCCCCUGCUCUCCAAACUGUGUCUGGGUCACAUUGCUGGAGGCGGACAGAUGGGCAGCCUUAGUGUUGCGUGUUGACUGGCACCAGGAGCAAGGUGCUUCUGCCUGGGCAUUGCUCUCACUGUGACAGGUAAGAAAUCACUGCUGCCAGCACAUGGUGUCCCUGUCACCACCAGCAGGGGAGCUGCGGGCUCAGGCACACAGGCCUCCAGUAACACUGGCUCUGUGAUUGCACCAGGAGAAGGCACUGGGCUGGCCUGCCCAGAACAGUUUUCAAGACUGAAGAACUUGAGGGCCAGAGAGAGAACGCGAGAGCUCACUGGCUCAGGCGUGGCAAUGUGUCCAUUGCCACAUGUGUAGCCCCAGGUUCAAGCCCCAGCGUGUGUUAGAUGCUGUGGCAUUUUUGAAGCUCCAGUACUGUGGUGUCUCUCUGAAUUAAAAAAAAGUUCCAGCAAAAUGUCUCACUUGGAUAGUAUGCUGCUUUGCCAUGUCUGUGACCAAGGUUCGAGCCCAGCCUCCACUCAUCGAAGGAAGGCAGCUCCAGUGCUGUGGUCUUUUAAAAGACUGAACAACUUAUACCCCCCAACACUGAGCAAGCUGUGACCCACCCUGUAGUGCUGGUCCUGCUGAAGCCUGGGCCCUGGGGCUGGUACCUGGGACUCCCCUUUCUGUCUGUGCUGCUACCCAGGCUGUCUCUUGUCCCUGCUUCCUCCCUAUCCCCAGGCACUGGCCCACCAACUCAUACCAUCUUGAUGUCUGAUUGCUGUGGGGGGAGCCCUCCACUCUUCCACAAUGCUGCUGUGUUCCUGGUCCUUGAACUCUGGCCUGGGAAGAACUGUCUCCUAAUGAUUUAUUAGAACGGCAAAUCGCGCCUGUGUGAGACCAGGCACCUGCACCCAGAAAGUCAGCACCCCAGUAUUUAUUCUCCAUAUGGACUCACUAUUUAUUCCCCACGCUGAUUUUAUGUUAGAUGGUCUUGAAUCUACUGCCGAAAUAAAAGUUUGGAUCGUUUUA